AUACGGAAAUUUUAAACGCAUAAAAUACGUAUGGAUACAUAUACGUAUAUUAAAUGGAGUAUUUACUAACUAUGUUUGUGGGUUUGUGGGGAAGCUUUGUUCUGAGAAUUUAAUUGCUAUUGUGGUAAUAUUUACGGGUGUGUAAUUACUCUGGCAUGGGAUGCUUUGAGUGGGUAAGGGUAACAAUGGUAAUGGAAAGAUUCGGGGUAUCUCGAUACCUAUAGUUGUUCCGUAAUAGGUCAUAUUUAGUUUGUGUAAUUUAUCACGAGGCGAGAAUUUGGAUAUAUCGAUUCAUAUAGAUAUAUAAUUUUUUUAAUAAAAAAAGAUAUUUUUAUUUAUGAUGAGCUCUUGAGCUAUGAUUUAUGAACUUGUUAGCUAAUUAUCUUAUUGUUAAGUGUUAAAUAAGUUAUUAAUCAUUUAAACAAAAGUAUGAACGUGUAGCAAAUUGUUAUUUCAUUUCUCAUGUAGUACAAAAUGCUAUAUUUUCUUGAACGCCUAGGCACGCUUAGUCUAGGCCUAGACAAGCAAGGCGCUAGGCUAGGUCCCCACGCCCGCCUUACGCCUAGCGCCUUCUUGAACCCUGGAAAUAACUGAUGGGAUGGUGUUAUUUUGAAAUAAUGCGUUUACCCAUUUUUUCUGCCCCUUUUUGCCCUCAUCUCUCUCCUUCCUUCUUCCUCUUUUCUUCGAUUGCUUCCAUGGCGAUACAGCAAAAUCGAUCGAGGAAAAAUCUUUUUUUUCUUUCACUUUUGGAUUCCUUUUUUUAUGCAGAUUAGAAUGUGUAGGAGAUUGCUAGGUUUCGGCAGCGAACGGAGGAAGUUAGUAGGCGGUGGAUGAGAUUGCAUGAAUCGGAAGUCACUUUUGGAUCCUUCUUUGGGAUCGAUUUCUUCUCUGAAUCUGGGGUUGCAUGAAUCAGAAGUUGUCUAGUUCGAUUCUCUGUUUCUAUAAUUGGGGGGUAGCAUGAGAUUGGAUUUCGGUUUUGAUAUUUGUCUCGAUGCAAUCUCGAUCUUCACAGCCGCCGGUGGAGUUGGGUAAGGAAGAUGAGCCGGUUUGAUUUUUGUCAGCGGUGGUGGCAGCAGUGGACUAUUCAGGGGGUUUCUAGGAUUGUAUGAAUUGAGAGAUGAAAGACAACAGCGGGGAGCAGAGAAAUCGAAGCACCUGUCGAAGAUGACUCUAAAUCUUGCUAUCGGAAGCACCUACCUCGCCGUUGUUCGAGGAGAAGAAGAGAAUGGAGAAGGAAGAGACUUUGAUUCGUGGCUCUGCUGCUCAUUCCCCUGUUUAUUGCAUGCUUUAGCUGGGUUUUAUAUAUUAAAUUUGCUUCUUAUGAGAGUCCUGGAUCGACAAGCUUCUUAAGCUCGACACUGAUUGUAUUGCAUCUGCAACACACCAGGAAUGCAUUAUAUUAGGUUAUUAUAAUUUACAACCAAUCAAGCAACUACAUUAGUUUGGGUGCUUCUAGAAUUGGGGGCAUAGUUGUAUUUCUCAAUUUUGUGUACCAAUUAACAUAUAACGAAUAACUUAUUUAUUUUCCCAUCCAAACAACACAUUUUGGGGUCGUUUGGAUGAAUGAUUUGCUAAUGUGGUAUUUGUAGACCCAAAUAACUCACGUUUUGACAUUGUGGUAUUUGUGUGUGAUUUGUGCAAUUUGAAUAGUAAGAAUUGAGAAGAUUGUGGAAGAUAUGUAAUAAUAAUAAUGAUAAUUCGUGUAAAUUAAACUAGAAUAAGUCAUACUAGUUAAACUAGGGUUAGCACACGAAUUGAUACGACAGUGUUUUCCCCUUCCUUCCCAUCAUUCUUAACCUCCCUUGGCCAUACCCAAAUUUAUAGUUUCCUCCGUCUAGUUUUCUCCAAUCCCAUCUCGCCAGAAAAAAACAAACAAACAAACCAACCAACCGAUCGAAGCAAGCACAACCCCAUCUCUAGAGAGAGAUCGUAAGGCGGAAAUAUAGAAACCAAAAGAUUUCAAUUCAUUUCACAACACGUAAAUAUCUCUCUCUCUCUCAUUCAACGAAAAAAAAAAACUCUCUCUCUCUACAUGUAAAUAGCAAACCAGAAAAGAGCGAAUCAUCCGAUCAUCACCAAACAUGAACCCGAAACCGCCAGUUCUGAAAUACAUGCUAGCCUCCCUCUUCCUCUCCCUCCCUCUCUUCCUUUUCCUCCUGUUUCCCCUCCAGAAGAACCCCUCCACCGCCGCCGCCACCUUCCUCCGCCGCCCUCAACCGCCGCCGGGAAUCCGGAUCCGACCCGGCUACACCUCCUACGAGACCUACAUCCAGCGCCAGCUCAACAAGACCCAGAACCCGAAGCUCCGCCGCAUCUGGAGAACCCGCGACUGGGACCGCAAAGUCGUCGUCUUUUCCCGAUUCUUCCGAGCCCUCCAAUCCAAGCGCCUCCUCUCCAACGAGUCCAAGGCCCUCUGCGUCGGGGCGCGGGUCGGGCAGGAGGUGGAGGCGCUGAGGCGGGUCGGGGUUUCGGACUCGAUCGGGAUCGACCUUGUCCCUUCGCCGCCGUUGGUCGUGAAGGGGGACUUCCACGCGCAGCCGUUCGACGACGCGACUUUCGACUUCGAAUUCUCCAACGUCUUCGACCACGCGCUCUACCCGGACAAGUUCGUCGGGGAGAUCGAGCGCACGCUCAAGCCCGGAGGGGUGUGCGCGCUCCACGUGGCGGUGUCGCGGCGGUCGGAUAAGUACUCGGCCAACGAUUUGUUCAGCGUGGCCCCGCUCGUGGACAUGUUUAGAGGGUCGGAGGUUGUUUACACCCGCAAGGUUGACGGGUUCGGUUUGGAUACCGAAAUCGUGUUCAGGAAAAAGAACAAGGAUACGGCGACGGCGACGGAAUCCGUUGCUAAAGGAUUGCGAUAACGACGAACUUUUUUGCUUUUUUUUUAUUGAUGAAUAUUUUUCGUGAAUUUUAUUUUUUUAUUUUGGGUUACGAUCAAUUCGGUUUUGAGUUGUUGAGAGACGUCUCUUCCUCUCGGAACCUUUUGUACCUUUGUUUGUUUUACUCAAUUGUUUUCGAUUUGUUUUAUUUACGGCCGGCCGGUAGCUCUUUUUUUUAAUUAUAGGAAACCAUGUAAAAGUACGAUAACAACUAGAUUAAAAGGCAUCGCAAAUUACCAAAAUUUUCUAUGCGAUACAAAGUGGAUGAAGAAAUUAGAGUUUUAAUC